UCAUCCGGCUGGAAAGGGGGGGAAGUUUGAUCCUCUUUCUCACGGAUCGCAGUCAACGGGAGUUUUUUUCUCCCAACUCGUUACGCAUAGGAUUUUUCACUGUUUUUGCCCCGUUUAUUUUUUUAUUUUAGGAUUUCUCGAAAACGUGGUAAAUCUCGGCGCGGUGUCUGCAGCUUGCGCGUUCCGCUGCACUGGAUUUUAAUUGUGUUUUCUUCCCGUCUCCUAAAUUUGCUUCAAGCUCAUGACUAUGCUUCUUGAUAGCGGUCCGCAGUUUGCAUCGUUAGGAGUCGGGGGUUUCGGUACACCACGGCACCACGACCUCGGGAACAGAGACCCGGGUCUGGGACUGAAUCCCUUCGCCGAUCCCCCCCACUCUGCCGCUUUCAAAAUCAGCCCCGGCGUGGCACACGAUAUCGCCUCCAGCCAGACAUCAGCUUUCACCCCGCAAGCCACUGGAUAUGCAGCUGCCCUGGGACACACUCACGGCGGACAGGUGGGCUCGUACGGCGGGGGAGCUUUCAAUUCAACACGGGACUUUCUCUUCCGGAACCGGGGUGUUGGAGAGUCCACGGGGCCGAGCGCACAGCAUGGGCUCUUUGCAGCUUCGGCGGGUAGCCUCCACGGGCCGCCCGGGAUCAGCGAUAACCCCGGACAUCUGUUGUUUCCAGGACUUCACGACCAGGGGGUGAGCCACACUUCACCGAGUGGACAUGUUGUUAACAGCCAAAUGCAUCUUGGCUUACGUGGGGACAUUUUCGGGAGACCUGAUCCGUACCGUCCGGUUGCGAGCCCUCGGACGGACCCCUACGGGGCUCAGCUCCACAACUACAGCCAUCCCAUCAACAUGAACAUGGGGAUGAAUGUGCCGACACACCACGGUCCCGGGGCCUUCUUUAGAUACAUGAGACAACCGAUUAAACAAGAAUUAUCCUGCAAAUGGAUAGACGAGAACCAGAUGAACAGACCCAAAAAGACUUGCGACAGGACUUUCAGCACAAUGCACGAGAUGGUUACUCAUGUGUCCAUGGAGCAUGUCGGCGGUCCAGAGCAGAGCAACCACAUCUGUUUUUGGGAAGACUGCCCGAGAGAAGGGAAAUCUUUUAAGGCAAAGUACAAACUCGUCAACCACAUCCGUGUGCAUACGGGAGAAAAACCAUUUCCAUGCCCUUUCCCCGGAUGUGGGAAAAUAUUCGCCAGAUCAGAAAAUUUGAAAAUCCACAAAAGAACACAUACAGGUGAGAAGCCGUUUAAGUGUGAAUUUGAUGGCUGUGACAGACGCUUCGCCAACAGCAGCGACAGGAAAAAGCACAUGCAUGUGCACACAUCAGACAAGCCAUACAUCUGCAAAGUGUGCGACAAGUCAUACACACACCCCAGCUCUCUCAGGAAACACAUGAAGGUACAUGAGUCUCAAGGAUCCGAAUCGUCUCCAGCAGCCAGCUCUGGAUAUGAGUCGUCCACACCACCAGUUCUGGUAUCAGCCAACACGGAAGACCCGACAAAAACACCGCCGUUAGCCGUGCAAAACACGUCUGGUCACAGCGAAGGACUGGCACCCAACUUUAAUGAAUGGUACGUUUGAAGUCAGCAGAGCAAACUAUCUCUCAAUGUGGACCGCGGAGUUGAGGAUCAAAAAAAAAAAAACUAUUCCUGUUCUCUUCACAUGCGCACACACAAACACAAUCACACACACGCUGUCAGACACAAACAAAUGGGAAUCAACAACAACAACAACAACAAUAAAGACAGGAGAUGAGAGCAAAAGCCAGCACCCAGCAGGCCACGUACGUUCUCAGGAUCACAAAAUUUGACUUUUAUUGCGCAGUUUGUCGGAAAUCAAACAGAAAUCAUGAAGAAAUAGAACUCAAUACUUUCUCAGUAUAAAUAAAUGUUUUUUUUAUCUUUUAGUUUACAGAAAAAAUGUUUUAUUUUUCAUUUUAUGUAUUUUCUCAAAUUUUUAUUUAAAAAAAAGAAUAAAAAGGAAGAAUAUUUCACGCUGUUUUAUAUGAUGGUGACGCGCUAUUGUCGCCUCUUCAAUUGAUUGUUGGAACUUCAGACAGUCUUAAGAAACGUGCCAAAGUCUUUGUCAUGAACUUGAACACAGAAAAAAAUCCUAAAUAAAUAUUAUACUCGUGAAUGUAUUUCCUUGUUUGAUGGGGUCGAAUCUAUUGUCAACGUCCGUUUUCAGGUGGAGAAAUGUGGUAUUAGGUUACGAUUGUUACCGUUAAAUAUAACGUUGCCUUUUGUUAAUACCGUUGUAAAUACAUAUCCAUGAUGCCAUAUUUAUCAAUUUGUAAUUUAAUUAUGGGUAUGAGUUCUGAAACUUAAAUGAUAUUUAUGGAAAUGUUUUCUAACAAGAACUGUACAGUUUUGGUCAUUACCAGCUUAACAUUGAACAAAUGAUAAACUCUAAAGCUCCAACA